CACGAUAACAGACCGCUGUAAAUUCACGAACGUGUCAAAAGCUAACAGCUAUAAAACGAUUGUAAGUUUAUGCAUAUUUUUAAGAAUUAAGCGUUAAGUGGAUCGUGAUGAAUUCUUUUAUCGAUCAGGAAAUGUACUUUUUCGAUCAGAUGGCGUCGUGUUGUUUCCUGACGGACUGUUACAGAACGCGACACGCACGUCUCUCAGAAAUCCUGUGAAAUUCAACCAAUCAGAUGACGACUUUGAAUGUGCUGAAGUGUUUCCAAAAAGUGUGGCUGUGUCCCAAAUGACAUAGGCCUACUAUAGACUAUGCACUCAACCAUCUAGUAUAUGAAUUUCAGAAUAGUGUUAUCGUCCCAAAUGGAAUAUUAAACGGUUUUAUACUAACCGGAAGUAUAUGAGUUUCCCAGACGAGCGCCAAUGAUGUUAAUCGCACGCCACAAUGCGUGUGAAUAAAAACAUACUUGUGCAUUGUCCAUUUAAUGUUAUUUUCAUCUGUUUUGCCCAGCAUUACUUGAGCCAUCAUCAGAUUGAAGCGCCCAUAAGGAGGCGGCAUCACCACGCAAAGAAUCUGCGCAAAGAAUCAUGGGAUCCCGAAUCAUGGGUACCCCAAGUGACCAUCAGUUGUACCCUUUGAAAUCCUUCAUUCUGAAGUGCCCUUUGAAAUGGCCAGUUAUGAGCACUUCGGUUUGGAACGACCCUUCAGUAUGGGGGCCAUGAAUCGAUGUCACUCCGAAGGGCCCUCCGAAGGGAACGCAGGGCCUAUUUUCGGUCAAAAAAGUGCAUCAUUCGGGUACUUACAGUGCACUUCUUUUUUGAGGAUUUUCAAUGUGAACGCUCUGCGCACACUAUUUAUACUACAAAAUGGCGUAUAGUGCAUUAGCGCAUGAUUUGGGAUGCCUUAAGCAGGCCUUAUGCAUCCGAGGUUUAGCUAACUGUCUGUGGGCGUGACGUCUGACACUGCCUCCGUCCCAUCGCCCCAUUAACUUACCCCAUUAAGUACAUGACACCUAUUUGAAACUAUAGAGACAAAAAACGAAUUUUUUGGCUGUCACCUCACGUGCACUCUGCUAGUGCAGCGGGUCACAUGACGGCUUAGCAGUUUUUUGUGUUGAGAGGUCAGCCGCUCUUGUUAAGACAUUGCAGGAUAAGCCAGCUGUCACAGUCACACAUGCACUCUCAGUCUGUGUUUCUAUAGGCCGACUCUUACAUUCGGAUGCAAUAAACAAAACGGUAAGUCAGAUUUUCUGUUUUCCUUCAUUAAUCUAACAGUCAUUAUAAAUGCACAGCAGAUUAAAGUUUACAAUGACCUACAGUGACCAUGAUGGUGAACACAUGUCCUGGUGAAAUCAUGUUCAGUAAUGCAUACAGAAGGCCACUGUGAGUCUGAUGGAAUGAUAUCUCAGUUGUCUGUACGUGGUAUUGUCUGCAGAGAAAAACAACAGGUUGUCAUGAGCUCCAUGGAAGAAAUUCACAUGUGCCCCAUGUGUCGUGACCUAGUCGGUCAGGCCCAGCCAUUUCCCUGCGGCCACAGCUUAUGUCCAGCUUGUGUACGAGACGCUUGGAGGCAGAGUGCCGGCUCGGAUAGAGGAAGAUUUGUGUGUUCGCUGUGUCUGGAGGAGCGAGGGGUGGUGGUCUGUGACUGCUGUUCACAAGAGGAGAGUGACGAUGAUCAGACAUGUGCCGCUGUGAAGACCUGCCUGCGCUGUGAGGUCUCUCUGUGCGAGCAGCACCUGAUACCGCAUCUACAGCGGCCCGCUUACAGAACACACCUGUUAGUAGAGCCGCUGACCGACAUGUCCCGCCGCAGGUGUCCCGCUCAUCAGGAAGUUUUUCGUUACUACUGCAUAGAUGAUAUGGAGUACGUCUGCGCAGAAUGCAUCCUAGAAGGACAGCAUGCUCAACACCUGGUCAAAGGGAUGAGAAAGAUGGAAGAGGAAUAUAAAGGCACACUACAGAACCGUUUCAAGAGAGCUGAAGAGAAAUUAAAGCAAGGAGAACACAUGCUUCAAGAACAUCAUAACACUUUUCACACCAUCAUACAGGACUCCUCUAUGAGUGAUGUCUCGCAGGUGUUACAGAUGGGCUCGGCCCUGCAGGCUCAGGUGGACAGAUUAGUGUCGGCUGUGACAAACAUCACCGAGCAGGAGAGACAGCUGGCAUUAGAGAGGGUUCAAGAGGAUUUCAGCAGAGUGAGAGAAGACCUCAAACAAACUGAGAACAUGCACAGAUUCCUGGGCUCCCUGCUUGAAGAGAGCGACCCCUUCCUGUUAAUCUGGGCAUUUCAGUCGGAGGAUUCACAGAUGAUGGCAGAACUCGACACGCCAGUGUUCACACCAGCUCAGCCAAACAUGAACAAGAAACGUGUCAUCGAGAAUAUUGAAAAUAAAUAUAGAGAGUUUAUAGCUGAGAUCCUGCGCUGCCUGGUUGAACUCAAGAGAGACCUCUUAAGCAGCCCUUUAAUAAUGGACAGAAACUCAGCCCAUCCUCUACUAAAUGUUUCCGAUCAUCUGCGAUCAGUGACGAGGCUCAAGAAGCGUGUGUCUGUCCCUGAGCAUCCUGACCGCUUCGACCACUGGUGUCAGGUGAUCUCCUGUCAGAUGUUUUCUUCAGGAACGCACUACUGGGAGCUGGAGGUGGAGGGUUUCUGGGAUAUAGCAGUGACCUACCGCAGCAUAGCGAGGAAAGCCAAGGAGGGGACGGCGUUCGGCUGCAACAAGAUAUCCUGGAGUCUCACACAGCAACAUGACAGGAAACUCGCUGCCUGGCACAACCGAAAGAAAACUCGCCUUUCCACAAUAAUGUCUGGCAACCACUUGGCAGUCGUCCUGGACUAUGAUUCUGGCUCCAUCACUUUCUCAGAGGUGGGGCCUUCAUCCACGCUCCUCCCCCUGCACAAGUUCAGCACCACCUUCGCACAGCCCGUCUGCCUGGGCUUUGGCCUCUACAAACCAGAGCUGAACAGCAGGGUCACCAUCCUCAAGAAGAUAUGACUAUACUCAACACAUGACUCUGCUUUUGAAACAUGUAUUUCACCAAUAACGACUGUGCUCUUCAAAAGCACGUUUGCAAUUUUUUUAUUUAACUAAUGUAGUAUGUUUGCUGCCAGCCUUUCUUAUCAUCAACCAGUAAUUACACUAUAAAAGAAACUUUUAUAGUUUUUCUGUUAUGUUUUUACAGAUUUUCGCGUAAGGUAAAAAAAUUCUUUUUUUAAUAUAUUUUUUGAAAUACGGCCAAAAAGCGUAAAAUUAUAGAAAAAGACCGCAUAUUUACAAGAAAAAUUGAGAACACUAAAACUAUAAAAUACAGAACAAGACAACACAUUUACAAGAAAAAUGGGGAAAACUAUUUAAUGUUUAUCCUUGCAUCCAAUAAUUUUACAUAAUUUUUUUACGGUAUAUUUCUGUUUUUCCAGUUUACAGAAAAUUUCCGUGUUUUUUGUCAGAUUUUUUAACAGUGUACCCUUCUCAUUAUUGUCCUGACAUAAUCUCGGAUGUCCAAAUUUUGCUGUUUUUCAGGGAAUGAAUUAAACACUGCAGUUUCGAAAUAAUUAUUACACGGCUUGUUGGAAUGCUUGAUUCUGAUUGGCCAGUCGUGACAUUUGCAAGUUCGUUAUUCCCUGAUAACAAACCUCUUAAAUUUAUAGCACACGGUCACCCGGAUGCAGCAAAUCAUUUUGAGAGUUCUUUUUGUCAAAUUUUAUAUACACAUAUAUUUUAAUAACAUAUAUGACAUUAUAUUUACAAACGAUUAAAUCUAAUUGCCUGUUGGUGACAUUUGAAUGUCGCUUCUUACCUUAAAACCAAAUUUUACGGCGUUUCCUCGCGGAAGGUCUGCAUUCGGUAAAAAUGAUAUAGCAAAAAAAUUUCAUCACAAAAUAUGACAAGGUUUCAGAAGGACGGCAGCGAUAUUAUAUUUACACACUUGGAAAUGCUUUAAUCCAAAAUGACUUUUGACGCUUUACGUAUGUGUGUUCUUUAGGAAUCAAACACAACACCUGUGCAGUAAGUCAAUGCUCUGAGCUACAGGAUCAAAUCAAACAUCACCAUCAGCAUCCUAUACAACCAUGUACACCUUCCUCAAAAAGGAAGGCUCAAGUUUUCAUUUUUUAGUUGCACAUAUGCUGCUUUCAUUGUGUUGUGAUG